AUCAUUCUCUUACCAAUCAAUUUUUUUUAAAUUUGAAGAUAUCAGUUGCAGUGAUUUUUUUUCCUCUUCAUACCCUAAAAGCUUUUCUCUCUCUCUCUUUUUCUUAAAACUUGGGUAAUCAUCAUUGAUUAAAGAAAACCAUUGACUAGUUGAGAAAAACAUGCCCUGGUAAACCACCCCAUAGCGGCGCAUGAAACACCUGCAUUUUCAUUUUCCCUCUAUUUAUCUAUUUUGAUGCCCUUAUAUCUAUAUAUGUAAGGGUCACCACAAAAAAAUAGUACUAUCCGAAACUUAAUGGACUACAAAUUCUGAUCCUAUAUGAAGACAGAGGCAAGCAAAAGGAAAAUUCAAAAAAAGCAAACUCCAAAAACCAAUCAAUGCAGUUGAUUAUCAUUCUGAUCAUUACUUCUCUUCUCUUUGGAUUUUGCUCUGCUCUCAAGGUAUGCCUAUGUCAAUUAUCAGGAGGAGACUCCUUUAUGAUUUUCCUUAAAAUGUCAGUUCCAAUAUGUGAGGUGUAUCUUGAACAGGAGGGACAAACAUGCGUAGCAAAUAGCAAUUGUGACUCAGGGUUGCACUGUGAAACCUGUCUAGCAAAUGGAAAUCUACGGCCCAGAUGCACUCGAAUCCAACCUGUAAACCCCACUUCUCAGGCUAAGGGACUUCCAUAUAAUCGAUACUCCUGGUUGACUACCCACAACUCGUUUGCGAGGCUGGGAGAGAGGUCUGCAACUGGGUCUUUGAUUUUAGCUCCCACGAACCAGCAGGACUCCAUCACCGACCAGCUUAACUGGUUUUCUGUCUUGCAGAAUGGUGUUAGAGGUUUGAUGCUGGACAUGUAUGAUUUCCAGAAUGACAUCUGGUUGUGUCACUCCUUUGGAGGACAAUGCUUCAACCAUACAGCCUUUCAACCUGCUAUUAAUGUUUUGAAAGAGGUUCAAGCAUUUCUUGAAGCAAACCCAUCAGUAAUUGCUACCAUUAUCAUUGAAGACUAUGUUACCUCACCAAGGGGCUUGAGCAAAGUAUUUGAUGCUGCUGGCCUGAGGAAGUUCUGGUUUCCCGUAUCUCAAAUGCCAAAAAAUGGUGGAAAUUGGCCAACGGUUGAUGAUAUGGUACAAAAGAAUCAGCGCCUGCUGGUUUUCACUUCAAAGUCAGCAAAGGAGGCCUCUGAAGGUAUAGCUUAUCAAUGGAGAUACAUGGUAGAAAACCAAUCAGAUGGCAAUGGAGGGAUGGUAGCUGGUUCAUGUCCAAACCGAGCAGAAUCACCUGCCAUGAAUGCAACAUCAAGGUCACUGGCCUUAUUCAACUACUUUCCUGAUAGACCAGAUGUAACUCAAGCUUGCAAACACAAUUCAGCUCCACUGAUUAACAAGGUGAACACAUGUUAUGUAGCAGCUGGCAACCGGUGGCCUAACUUCAUUGCUGUAGAUUUUUACAAGAGGAGUAAUGGUGGAGGUGCUCCGGAAGCUAUAGACGUGGCAAAUGGUCAUCUAGUUUGUGGAUGCGGAAACAUUGUCUAUUGCAAGGCAAAUAUGACUUUUGGAAUAUGCGACAUACCUGAGGCAGGUGUUCCUCCUGCACCAGGAGCAGUAGCACAUGAUUCCAGCUUUGCUUAUUUGGAUAGUCGACCAAUUCCAUUGCAGUGGCUGCUUGGCGUAAUAUUAGUAGCAAUUCUCUUACAACUGUAAACAUGAAUUUAAAACUUGUUUUAAGUUCUAACCAUUACACAAACCAGAUAGAUUAAUUCAAUUUCGAAAGGAUUGUACUCCUUAUUCCAGCUUUAUUUAUUUGGUGUUGGACAUUCACGACGGUUCAAGAGUGGCGGCUAUCGAGUGACAUAAUUGUUGGUAUUUGUUCUUCUGUUUCAAUGAUCAUAGCAGGUUUUUAUAGUAUGAGUGGGUACCAUGUGAUUGUUUCGAAGAAUCUUUACCUUUUGCUAGUGAUGCUACUUCAGGCAUGCUCUGUCUUAACGCACAACACAUUGUCUGGCUCUUUCCCUGUCAACCUUCACCUGCCAUUUAACAAUCAAUGAACCUAAAUGUAAUGUGGAAGCCACUGCAGUAUUAAGCCGACAAAAGAGACAGAAAUCUGAGAAGAAAGAAAGUGAACAAAAGCUGUAGAUAUGGAACUUCUUCCUGUCUUAUGUUCCCAGUUUGGGCUACUCAAUCCAAAUGGUUAACAAAUCCCAACUCCAAUUGCCCCAUUACUUAGUUUUCCUUAUGAGAUAUAGGCUUGUUAGUUUGAAAAAGUAGGCCUGACCCUUCCACUUUGGUUCCCCACCCCGCCUUCAAUUUACCAGGUCCAACCAGCUGUGCCAUGAGAAACAAGAGCUUCUCUUUCUUUCUCGCUUUCGGUUUCCCAUUUUUUUCCCCCUCUUUUUCCUUAUUAGUCCAUAACUUAAGAGUUAAUCGUGCGUGAAUCAAGGGCACUUAAGCAUAAAAAACACCCCUGACAAUCGCCAGUCGGUUUGCGCACAGCUCAAGAAACCUUAAUCCCUUUAUUUUAAGUCAUUCAAGGCGUAAUGAUACGUUAACAUGCAGCAAA